AUGCCAGGGAGGACCUGGAAGCUGUGCCUGCUACUGCUGCUGGGGCUGGGACUGGGGUCCCAGGAGGCCCUACCCCCACCCUGUGAGAGCGAGAUUUAGUGCCAUGGGGAGCUCUUACACCAAGUUCAAAUGGCCAAGCUCUACCAGGAUGACAAGCAGUUUGUGGACAUGCCUCUGUCUAUAGCUCCAGAACAAGUCCUGCAGAUCUUCACUGAGUUGGCCAGGGACCACAAUCACAGCAUCACCAGGGAGCAGCUGCAGGCGUUUGUCCAGGAACACUUCCAGGCCAAGGGGCAGGAGCUGCAGCCCUGGACCCCUGCAGACUGGAAAGACAGCCCCCAGUUCCUGCAGAAGAUUUCAGAUGCCAAACUACGUGUCUGGGCAGGGCAGCUGCACCAGCUCCGGAAGAAGCUGGGGAAGAAGAUGAAGCCAGAGGUUCUCAGCCACCCUGAACGGUUCUCUCUCAUCUACUCAGAACAUCCCUUCAUUGUGCCUGGCGGUCGCUUUGUUGAGUUCUACUACUGGGACUCCUACUGGGUCAUGGAGGGUCUGCUCCUCUCGGAGAUGGCUGAGACGGUGAAGGGCAUGGCAUUGCAGAACUUCUUGGACCUGGUGAAAAUCUAUGAGCAUGUCCCCAGUGGCGGGCUUGUGUACUACCUGCAGCGGAGCCAGCCCCCACUUUUGACCCUCAUGAUGGAUUGCUACCUGACUCACACCAACGACACCACCUUCCUACAGGAGAAUAUUGAGAUGCUAGCCUUGGAAUUGGACUUUUGGACCAAGAAUAGGACUGUCUCUGUGAGCUUGGAGGGAAAGAACUACCUCCUGGAUUGCUAUUAUGUCCCUUAUGGGGGACCCAGGCCUGAGUCCUACAGCAAAGACGCGGAGUUGGCUGACACCUUGCCGGAAGGAGACCGGGAGCCUCUGUGGGCUGAGCUCAAGGCUGGGGCCAAGUCUGGCUGGGACUUCUCUUCACGCUGGCUCAUCGGAGGCCCAAACCCCAACUCACUUAGUGGCAUCUGAACCAGCAAACAGGUGCCUGUUGACCUGAAUGCCUUCCUAUGCCAAGCAGAGGAGCUGAUGAGCAAAUUCUAUUCCAGGCUGGGGAAUGACUCCCAGGCCACAAAGUAUAGAACCCUGCGGGCACAGCGCUUGGCCGCCCUGAAUGCAGUCCUGUGGGAUGAGGAGACAGGUGCCUGGUUCGACUACGACCUUUAGAACAAGAAGAAGAACCAGGAGUUUUACCCAUCCAACCUCACUCCACUCUGGGCCGGGUGUUUCUCUGACCCUGGUGUGCCGGACAAGGCUGUAAAAUACCUGGAGGACAGCCAGAUCCUGACUUACCAGUAUGGAAUCCCGACCUCUCUCCAGAAGACAGGCCAGCAGUGGGAUUUCCCCAAUGCCUGGGCCCCCCUGCAGGACCUGGUCAUCAGAGGCCUGGCCAAAGCACCUUUACGUCGGGCCCAGGAAGUGGCUUUCCAGCUGGCUUAGAAUUGGAUCCAAACCAACUUUGAUGUCUACUCGCAAAAGUCAGCCAUGUAUGAGAAGUAUGACAUCAGCAACGGUGGACAGCCUGGUGUGGGAGGAGAGUAUGAAGUUCAGGAGAGCUUUGGCUGGACGAAUGGCGUGGUCCUGAUGCUGCUGGACCGCUAUGGUGACCGGCUGACCUCAGGGGCCCAGCUGGCUUUCCUGGAGCCCCACUGCCUGGCGGCCAUCCUUCUACCGAGCCUCCUGUCAUGGUGA